UCAUCCCUGAAUGCAUCACCUGCCUGGAGAACAGGUGUGGCCACCUGUCUUUUCAUGUAGAUUUAGCUGCUGGAGAAACUGCAGGUGUGGCAGAACCCGUCUGGUUAAGACAAAGACAGAAGAAUCAUCUGUAAUCAUGGCAUCUUUAUGGGAUGACUUGGACAGCCUUGUGAUUUCGCCUUCAUCUGCCAGCUCAACAAAUGGAGAGAGGGGAACCAUCAAGCCCAAAGAAAACUUUGAUGCAGAUGAGGAUGCUGUAGCACUAAAGGACGCCAUUGAAGGAUUUGGCACAAAGGAGAAGAUCCUGAUUGGCAUUCUGACGGGCAGAAGUAACGCUCAGAGGCAGCUCAUCAGUAAAGCUUAUGAAGAAGCCACUGGCAGAACGUUGCUGAAGGACCUGAAAGGGGACACCAGUGGUGAUUUUGAGGACCUGCUGGUUGCACUCGUCACUCCUCCUGUAGAGUAUGUCUGCCAUGAAGUGAUUAAGGCCAUUAAAGGAGCUGGUACGGAAGACAGUACCCUGAUUGAAAUAUUUGCUUCCAGAACCAAUCAAGAAAUCAAAGCUAUCAAAGAUGUCUUUUUUAAAGAAACAGAGAAGCAGUUGAUUUCUGAGCUAGAGGGUGAAGUUUCUGGAGAUUUUUCCAAAGCUCUGCUUGUCCUGGCUGAGGGAAACAGGGACGAGGGAGACACAGUGGACAUGGAAAAGGCCAAGGAAGAUGCCAAGACUCUUUAUGAUGCUGGAGAGAAGAAGUGGGGCACCGAUGAGUCUAAAUUUAUUGACAUCCUCUGCCACAGAAGUGUGCCUCAACUUAAACAGACUUUUGUUGAGUACAAGAAUAUAAGCGGAAAGACCCUGCAACAAAGCAUCGAAGGAGAAAUGUCAGGAGAGCUGGAGGAGCUGCUGGUGGCUGUGGUGAAAUGUGUGAAAAGUGUCCCAGCUUACUUUGCUGAGCGUCUCUACAUGAGCAUGAAGGGUGGUGGCACUGAGGAGUCAAUUCUGACCCGGAUCAUGGUGAGCCGGUCUGAGAUCGACCUCCUGGACAUCAGAGCUGACUUCAAGAAACUCUACGACGAUUCUCUGCUCUCUGAAAUCAGCUCAGAUCUGUCGGGUGAAUACGGUGAAUGUAUGAAGGCGAUCUGCGGAGGAGACGACUGAUGCGGUUCCUGAUGAACUGAAACAAGUUUUCAUUUACUUGUGUGCCAAUCCUGACUUUUGUGAUACAUCUUAAACAUUCACUUCGGAAUUCCAUUGUUUUAUACUGAAAAGCUUUAACGAAACAUGGUGUGUCUGUUAUUAUCCUGUAAACUGGCAGUGAAAUUUCGGACGAAGUUUUAAUGUAGAAUCUGUUGGUGAUUGUUAGAAUUGUAAGAUGAUCAAAUAAAAGUUAUGAAAGAGACGCUGAAUCCUUAUCUGGUCAUACUUCUGGCUGAUUAUUUUUCUGAAGAGUAAAUCUGAGUAAG